GUUGAGACUGCACCUAACCGGUUCUGGCCGGCCGGUCGGGGCGGGAGUCUGAGCACGCACGCGCGCACCCAACAACAGUCCCUAGCAGCACUAGCCAAUGCCGCGCGCAGUUUACUGGAAGUGAUUCGGUCGAGUGUGCUCAACUGGUGUUGCGCGGCGCGCAUGCCGUCGCUGAUGCUUGCUCUCCGUCGCUGCAACCCAGACGAAUGCUCCCUCUCAAUUGAGCCAUCCCUCCGUCCCAUCCUAGUCACUCUGGCCCAUUCAGUUUACCUAGCACGUCCAGCCCAUCUUCUCCUUGUGGCUGACCAUCCAGGACAGGUUGCCCGGCCUUUGUUUCUCCGUCAGCAAAGGCAAAGGCGCACAAGCCACACCCUCCCGAGAGUCUGCGUCAACGUCCAACCUUCGUACGCCUUUAGCCCCCAAACGCUUUUCCCGACUUCUUUGUCCUCUCCACCACAUUAUUCGGCGCCCUCCCUCGCCCCCGUUCCCGUUUGAAACCGCAAGUUCCAUGUCAUUGCCUCCUCUAUCCCCCUUGCCGCCCUACUAUCCGCAAGGGGUGUCGGAGUAGCCCCGAACCAUCCGCUCCGCCUCCCGACCAACCGCUGCCACCAUGUCUGCCGCCUCGACCGCUUCGGCGGACCUGAUAGAUCCUACGAAGCCCGAGAAGUUCCCGGUAAUUCUGAGCGACGCGCUGUUGGGUCGCCCGCCCAAAGAAGUAUACACUGGAGUGAGAUACAAUCACAGACCAGGAGACGCGCCUCCCAGCAAUGCCCGGAUAAAAAACUCGACGCCCGGCAGUGGGACCUUCGAUCUAGCCUUCCGCGAGGCCGACGGCACCAAAUACAGCUACAAUGGCACACGCGCCAUCGAUGAUCGCCAAUUCGUGCUGAUCUUCGACCCCAACCGCCGGGCCUUCGUCCUACACCGUCUAGACUCCCUCUUCAACGUGAACCUGGUCGCAACCCCGGACAACGACGACGCCGUUGCCCUAAGGGAACAACAUCCCUACCUUUCCGGCCACGGCGUGCCCCCUCACCUAGAGCGAAAAGCCGGCGCCGCCACCGCGCCAGCUUCAGUCCCCAAGGGCGCCGCUGCCAAGAGGGCGGCGGCCAAGAAGAAGGCGGACGGGCCCACGCCCGCACAAAAGAAAAAGGAGGCCGCCGCCGCGAAGAAGGUAGCUGCCACCCAGAAGAAGGCCACCGCCGCCGCCGCUGCUGCUGCGGCGGUGGCUGCCGAGGUCGAAGCCGCAGCGGCAAUACCGCUACCCAAAGCUCCUCCCAAGCCUGCAAACCCGCCAGCGGCCAGCAAAAAGAAGGCCAAGGACAUGGACUCUGACUCGGACGAGGAGGAGUCGGACGAUGACGGAGGCCUGCUUGUCGAGUACCCCGAGGGCAUGGCGCCGAACCAGCGCCCGCGCCCGGAGUCGUCGCACUUCUCGCCCGCCUUCCCGCCCCAGAUCCGGCGGUUCGAGGACUUCAUCCAGAACCACGGCGAUGAGGACGAGGACGCCGACGCCGAGGCGGACCCGGACGACGACGUGCCCGACGCCUACGACCAGAUCGCCGGCGGCCAGGGCUACAACGCCGCCGCCGCCGCCGCCGCCGACAGCGAGGGCGAGGGCGACGACGACGAUCUCGCGGCCGACCUCGAGGCCGAGCUCGAGAACGCGCUAGGCGAGGAUAUGGAGAGCGACGUUAGUGAGGAGGACUGAGUUGCCUCUUGGGAUGUUAUGACUUUUUUUGACGCAUUUGUUCUUCGAUACACGGGUCAUUUCUGGGUUAAGGUCCUGGCAAGCGAACGUGGGCUGAAAUGCCCAUUCAUCUCUUUUUGUCCCCUUCCGUCGGCUGGAAAAUACACCUCUGGGUAUGCCGCUUGUUUGCAUUUUGGCCGGUUUCGCCUUCAUGACAUCUUGGUCAUUUUCUCCGUUGUUCUCCUUUUCUACCAACCUAGGACAAUCACUAGAGCACAAGAGUGGAAUCACCGUUUCAAAUCGUUCUUGGAACAUUGGUAGGUGCCUCGUCCAUCGAAAAGCGUUGUAGUGUGCUGAAGCCGCAAGCAGGUUUGGGUGUAAAAGUUGCUGCUAAUCCGCCUGUCACAUGGUGUUGAUCGCAGAUCACAGCGCGAAAUGUGCGUAUGUGCGAAUUAGGAAGUACACCGGACAUGAACAUCCAAACGUUGCGGCAAAAUGCUAGUCAACUGAAGUUAGACUCCCUAACACCGACUAGCUCAAGUGCUCAACAGUUCUGAGAGGGGUGUGAAGUUUGGCCACAUUCACUGAAAGCGCGAGUAUACACGGCCAACCAACCUAGGUACCUAGGUAGCCAAGAACAUGAGAAGGAUCUUUCCGCCGGCA